GGGGUGACUUCCUCUAGGCCCCGUGUUUGUCACCGGCGUUCGGUUUGUGUGCAGCUGCAGCUGCGGCAGCAAUUGAAUUUUACAAUCUUCUUCUUGAGCGGAGCUAUUCGAAACAAUGGCGAACCGACUGCCUGCAGUGGUUGUAGAUACUGGAACCGGGUACACAAAGAUGGGAUAUGCUGGCAACACAGAACCACAAUUUAUCUUGCCAUCAGCUAUUGCUAUUAAGGAAACAGCCAGUGUGGGUGAUCAGGCCCUUAGGCGUCUUGGAAAAGGAGUGGAAGACUUGGAUUUUUAUAUAGGAGAUGAAGCUCUUAAUGCACCAUCUUAUGCAGUGAAGUGGCCAAUUCGGCAUGGCAUAAUUGAAGACUGGGAUCUCAUGGAGCGUUUCUAUGAACAAGUCAUCUUUAAAUAUCUUCGGGCAGAGCCAGAGGACCAUUACUUUCUAUUGACAGAGCCACCACUUAAUACACCUGAGAAUAGAGAAUAUACAGCAGAAAUAAUGUUUGAGUCAUUUAAUGUUCCUGGCCUCUACAUUGCUGUGCAGGCUGUCUUAGCACUGGCUGCCUCCUGGACAUCACGGCAAGUUGGAGAACGCACAUUAACAGGCACAGUCAUUGAUUCGGGCGAUGGUGUUACUCAUGUCAUACCUGUGGCUGAAGGCUAUGUUAUUGGCAGCUGUAUAAAGCACAUUCCUAUUGCUGGCCGUGACAUUACAUACUUCAUCCAGCAGCUCCUAAGAGAGCGUGAAGUGGGCAUACCACCUGAACAGUCUUUGGAAACUGCAAAAGCCAUCAAGGAGCGAUUCAGCUAUGUGUGCCCGGAUAUUGCCAAGGAAUUUGCGAAGUAUGAUUCAGACCCAUCAAAAUGGUUGAAGAAAUAUGAAAGUGUGAAUGCCAUAACCAAACAGCCCUUCAAUGUGGAUGUUGGCUAUGAGCGUUUUCUGGGACCAGAAAUCUUUUUCCAUCCAGAGUUCUCCAAUCCUGAUUUUACAAUGCCCAUCUCUGAAGUUGUUGAUGAGGUAAUCCAGAAUUGUCCUAUUGAUGUGCGCCGAGGACUCUAUAAGAAUAUUGUUCUCUCGGGAGGUUCAACUAUGUUCCGGGAUUUUGGACGCAAAAUUCAGCGAGACGUCAAACGGGUUGUGGAUGCACGAUUAAAAGUCAGCGAAGACCUCAGUGGUGGCCGUAUCAAGCCCAAGCCCAUUGACGUGGCAGUUGUCACCCACCAUAUGCAGAGAUACGCUGUAUGGUUUGGUGGCAGCAUGUUAGCAUCUACGCCGGAGUUCUAUCAAGUGUGCCAUACCAAAGCAGAUUAUGAUGAGCAUGGGCCUAGUAUAUGUCGCCACAAUCCUGUCUUUGGCACAAUGGCUUGAGCACUAGCCUUUGAAUAUGACAACUACUUUCAAAACAUGCCACAAGCAUGGCUGUUAACUUUGGGUACCAUAUCUCAUGGGGGUGAGAGAGCACACACCAGGCCUUACAGAACCAGCAUGCAUCCUGUCUGCAGCCAACAUAACUUGUUCCUGAGAGUUGAGUUUGUAUGGCUGGAGAUGCCUGCCACAGAUUUCAGACAAUUUCUUACAUUCUUUUGACUUUGAUAGACUGUUUGGACAGCUGCAGAACUGUUUUUAUUUUCUGAAGUUUGAAUAUUACUACUGUGCGACUGCUGUUUUUGUAAAAUGAUUUCCUGUCAGAGUUGAACCUUGAAUUGUGUACACCUUUGGUGUGUAUCAUUUUGUACUACUGAAACACAUGUGACAUGCAUUUCUAACAGAAGGCUUUAAAGUUAUUACUGUAGGUGUGAAAUAAAAAAAACCUUUUAAAAUUGCUUCUCUUAUUCUGGAAGCCUAACUGUGAUUAUGAUACAGCUUGGAUUGUUAAUCAGCCAUACGGCUAAGUAAAUUUUGGACCCAUGAUUAAGUUUCUUUUUCCUUUUGGGUCUGUUUUAAAUGAGCUAAAUGAGAUCAAGUUGUAAUAGAAGUCUAGAAUAAAUAUUAGUAAAGAUAUUUUCCAAGAAUAGUUGCUUUCCACAUGUAAUAUACUCUUGCAGAAACUGGAGUUCAUUACAUUGGACUAAUUAAGUUUUAAUUUUGUUCUGGUGCUCAUGUAGAUUCUUCCUGGCUGACCUUUGUGACUGGUUUCUAACAUUAUAUUCUCUUUGCUUAGUCACUGUUAGCUUCAUUUGUAUGUUAGGUGGUUUGACAAGGUUUGUAGAGUUUUAGAUGCAAAUUCUCAUGUUUGCCUGCUUUAUGGAGAGUCUGUGGGAGAAGGACUGUCAUCAUUUUCUAAAUCGUGAUGGAAAAAACAGCAAGAUUUUGAAAUCUAAUAGAAAAUGUAAGCUCAGCUUAUUGUUUUCUUUGUCUGAAACUGUACUAAUGGAGAAUGGGCAGAAAGUAUGUCUUGUCGAAUGCAGUGUAAUUUUGAGAAUUCCAUUAAUUUUGAUUUUUUUAGAUAACUGCUUUCGUGUGGUAAAACAGUGGUGGAAGACACUGCAAAACAAAAAGAAGCUGUUCUGUGACAUGGCCUUUGUAGAUAGCAAGCCAAGCACUCCCUUCUUGGGCGAAUUUUUAUCUAAUUCUGGUUGAAUGUUAAUUAAAACUAAAUUUUUUUCCUUACAAUAUGCCCAUAUGUGAUUUCCACAAAGUUUCAUGCAUGAUGUCAUAAGAUGGGAAGAAAGGACAUGUAUAGAAAUGAAUGGUCCAGUUACUUGAGUGGGAGUGAUUCAGUAAGCAGUUGUAGAAUUCUCAGGAUUCUGUCUUCUGUUACAUAUUUAGCUUCAUUCUCUUUUUAAGUAUCCUUGUAUUGAAAUCUAGUUUGCCUCUUAUGACUAUAGCUUGUAUUUGUAUAUUGCAGGCUAAACAGCUGGUAAAUCCUCUAGAUGUGUAUCCCACAAGUGUAAGAGGGUAUUUUGUUUGACUGGCUCAUUUGCAAUUUCUUUUUUAUCAGAACCUUGAAAGUAUAUGUUGAAAGACACUUUGGUGCUUGUCAGCUGCUACAUGCUCAGGAGUGUUACAGAAGACCGAUAAAUUGGCUUUGCCUUUGUAAUGUGGAAAUUCGUGGAAGAAGGGUAGCUAUCGAUAUUCUGGAAUUUCAUCAUAGUUUUACACUUGUAACUCUUUUGGUCCUUUGGAAGCAGUUUCCUGCUAGGUGUUUUGCUAAAGUCUUCAAAGAACAUUUUAAUCAGUUUUUACUCUGCUUAUAUGAUUGAUAGGAUUUUGAAACAUGAAGACUGUAAUAUUUCCUGCAAAUGGAAUAACUGUUCCUUCUCAUGUAUGUAUGUGUAAAAUAAAAUGACUGAAAGGUUUGUUAA